CGGGAACAAGACCGGAUGUUGUGAGCGUAUGAGCGGCACUUCCGGGGGGACCCGGCGGGACGGGCGGACAUGGGGCUGGAGUGGAGCAGCCCCGGGGAGAGGCAGCCGUUACUGUAUCCGGGAGGGCCCCGGGCUCCCCGAGUGUUCGGGCGGCGCUGGCUGGUGCUGCUCCUCUUCUCGCUGUUGGCCUUCCUGCAGGGGCUGGUGUGGAACAGCUGGGGGCCCAUCCAGAACUCCGCCCGCACCGCCUACAACUUCUCCGGCCUGGAUAUCGCAUUGUUAGUGCUGUGGGGCCCCAUCGGCUUCCUGCCCUGCUUCCUCUUCAUGUGGCUUAUGGACAACAGGGGUCUGCGAGUCACCGUGCUGCUCACUGCGCUCCUUAUGGUACUGGGCGCCGGGCUGAGAUGUGUCCCUGUGCAGGAUCUGGCAGUCAGGAGAAAGCUGAUACAUGGGGGACAGCUGCUGAAUGGCUUUGCUGGCCCAACAGUGAUGAACGCUGCUCCUUUCUUAUCUACCACGUGGUUCUCGCCGGAUGAACGCGCUACUGCCACGGCCAUUGCAUCAAUGUUAAGCUACCUGGGAGGGGCCUGCGCGUUUCUGGUUGGCCCUCUGGUAGUUCCGGCUCCCAACUCCACGUCUGGCCUUCUCCUGUAUUCGGGCAGCGUCGGCGCCAUCAGAGAUCGGAUUGAAGCGGUGAUGUACGCAGAGUUUGGAAUCAUCUUUGUGGUAUUUGCUGCCAUUCUGGCCUACUUUCCUUCUCGCCCCCCUGUACCCCCGAGCGUCGCUGCUGCCAGCCGCCGCCUCAGCUACAGGACCAGCAUCCUUAGACUGCUCAGCAACGUGCGGUUCCUGCUGAUCGUGCUGGCGUACGCCAUCCCCCUAGGGUUCUACGCAGGAUGGUCCGGGGUCCUUGACUUGAUUCUAACUCCUGUCCAUGUCACCCAGGUUGAUGCCGGCUGGGUGGGAUUCUGGUCCAUCGUGGGCGGCUGUGUGGUUGGCAUCGCGGUGGGAAGAUUUGCAGAUUCCAUCAGGGGGGUGCUGAAGCCAAUUCUGCUUCUGCUGUUUUCGGGGGCUGCUCUCUCCUCAACGUGGUUCACACUGACCUUCUUAAGUAACGUCACCCACCUGCCUUUAACCACAGCAACACUUUACACCUCUUGCAUCCUGAUUGGCGUCUUCCUGAGCGGCACUGUUCCCAUAUUCUUUGAGAUGUUUGUAGAGACAGUGUAUCCCAUUCCCGAAGGGAUCACGUGUGGAGUCGUCACUUUCCUAAGCAACUUGUUUAUGGGAGUCCUACUGCUGUUUCUCACGUUGUACCAAACGAACCUGUCCUGGCUAAACUGGUGCCUGACCGGCUCGUGCUUCCUCAGCCUCCUCUUCAUCGCCUGCUUCAGGGAGUCCUACGACCGCCUCUACCUUGAUGUCUUUGUCUCCGUGUAGCAGCGCCGGCCGCACAACUCUCUGUAUUUGCACAAAGGGCCGGGGGGCCGCGGGGACCCUGCGCACACCCCAAGCCUCUCCCGGCGCCGGGAAACUCGGACCUCGUGAGUUCUCUGUUUCCCAUAAACUGAACCCGAUGUUCUGUAGAUCCAAAUGCUAAGUGUGUCAUUGUGGCAUUAACGGCCUGCUCGUUUUCAUUAAGAGUUCUUUUAAUUAGUGGGGGUUGUAAUGUGAUUAUAUCUUUGGUGGCUCCCCAACAUUUAUAUAUUGGGGUGUUAUAGUUGAUUUCCCUUUUCACAGACAGACACAGUGACAGUUACACAUAACUAUAAACCCAGUGAGAAUGAGGAAUGAAUGGAUAUUGGGGAGUUGUAUCAGGAGUCAGAACCAGCAGUGCAGGGAAGGGAAAGGGACAGACACAGUGACAGUUACACAUAACUAUAAACCCAGUGAGAAUGAGGAAUGAAUGGAUAUUGGGGAGUUGUAUCAGGAGUCAGAACCAGCAGUGCAGGGAAGGGAAAGGGACAGACACAGUGACAGUUACACAUAACUAUAAACCCAGUGAGAAUGAGGGAUGAAUGGGUAUUGGGGAGUUGUAUCAGGAGUCAGAACCAGCAGUGCAGAAGGGAAAGGGACAGACACAGUGACAGUUACACAUAACUAUAAACCCAGUGAGAAUGAGGAAUGAAUGGAUAUUGGGGAGUUGUAUCAGGAGUCAGAACCAGCAGUGCAGGGAAGGGACAGACAAAGUGACAGUUACACAUAACUAUAAACCCAGUGAGAAUGAGGAAUGAAUGGAUAUUGGGGAGUUGUAUCAGGAGUCAGAACCAGCAGUGCAGGGAAGGGAAAGGGACAGACACAGUGACAGUUACACAUAACUAUAAACCCAGUGAGAAUGAGGAAUGAAUGGGUAUUGGGGAGUUGUAUCAGGAGUCAGAACCAGCAGUGCAGGGAAGGGACAGACACAGUGACAGUUACACAUAACUAUAAACCCAGUGAGAAUGAGGAAUGAAUGGAUAUUGGGGAGUUGUAUCAGGAGUCAGAACCAGCAGUGCAGGGAAGGGAAAGGGACAGACACAGUGACCGUUACACAUAACUAUAACCCAGUGAGAAUGAGGAAUGAAUGGGUAUUGGGGAGUUGUAUCAGGAGUCAGAACCAGCAGUGCAGGGAAGGGAAAGGGACAGACACAGUUACACAUAACUAUAAACCCAGUGAGAAUGAGGAAUGAAUGGGUAUUGGGGAGUUGUAUCAGGAGUCAGAACCAGCAGUGCAGGGAAGGGAAAGGGACAGACACAGUGACAGUUACACAUAACUAUAAACCCAGUGAGAAUGAGGAAUGAAUGGGUAUUGGGGAGUUGUAUCAGGAGUCAGAACCAGCAGUGCAGAGAAGGGAAAGGGACAGACACAGUGACAGUUACACAUAACUAUAAACCCAGUGAGAAUGAGGAAUGAAUGGGUAUUGGGGAGUUGUAUCAGGAGUCAGAACCAGCAGUGCAGGGAAGGGAAAGGGACAGACACAGUGACAGUUAUACAUUUGACAAUUCAAAAACAAAAAAAUAAUGAAGACCAAUUGCAAAAUUGCUAUGGAUGGGACAUUCUCUAACAUACUAAAAUCAAUCUAAUCACUAAUUAUAUAGUGUGACUGGGACCUACGGACACAACAGAAUAUCCACAUUGGGAUUGGCCAAUCGGUGGUCUGUUUGGGCGUCUGCUGCAGCCUGAGUCGGACAUGGAGCCCCCUGACUCUGGGCCAUUAAGCAGGUGGAUUCAGCCCAGUUGUAUGAGGGGGGGACUGGGGAGAAGGGUAUUUUGGUUUAUUUUUGCCAAGUUUUUUCUAGUUUUAUGUUUUAACUGUCACUUUAACCCUUUAGCCACUGAGACUAAUCCACUGUACAAUACACUGUGUCUGUGGGUGCCCCUUAAUGGGUUAAUGGUUUGCCAAAAUCUCACAUAAAUCCUGUGCCGCGGGGGUUAAACAUGAAUUCUGUGUGUUUGUGGGGAUGGAGGAUCCUGGGGGUCCUCGUGUUUGUGGGUUUGGGGGGCUAUUCUCAAAUAUUAAUGCUGCUUAUAACCCGGGGGGCGUGGUCUUACACUGUGUGUAUGUUGUACAUAGAUGGACAAGCCCCUCCCUGGUGUCUCCGUUUAACCCCUUUCCUCCUGGAAUCAUGUUUGUAACUACUUUUUUAUCUUUACGUUUCCAGUGAAAUAAAAUGAUUUCAAAAA